AUGGCGUACCCGUCUCGAUGGACUUACCGAGCAAUACUAUGGUGUCACAUAAUUUUCAAGAUCAUGGGUCUGUCGCCCAUAUCCAUCCACUAUGAGGAUUCGAAGACCAAACGCACACUAUUCUUCGGACGAAGUAAAAUCGGGAUUUUCUACAACGUGUUCCUCACCAUCUCGCUCGUGGCGUUGAGCUUUAUUACCCUGCCGCGGCUGUACCAUAGGUCAUACUUAAAUCAAUCCUCUUUAACAUGCGUCGUAGAGAUGGUUCAAGCAGCGUAUGGAGUCUUGAUGGUUACUACGAUCUUACUGUGUUACGUCUUCAAAUGGUCUAUCCAGAAGAGGAUCUGCAAUUACCUGGUGCAUGCCGAAGGACAGUUUCGCUUUUUUCGGGAACCGAUCAGCAUCUAUCCCACCCUCCGGAAGCUGUUGAUAAUCUACAUCGUCCAGACGAUCGUGUGCAUCAGUGCCGUGGUCACCGAGGAGAUCUCCUUCCACAAUGGUCCUCUCGGAUGGGCCCUGGACUUCUUGCCCACGGCUUUCGCUGCCAAUAUCUUAUUUCAAUACUUCUCGGUGAUCAGCCUGAUGACUGUAAACUUCGUCAGAGCUAACGAGGCUUUCGAGAGCGUCUGCAGAAGCUCCAUCGUCGACUCGAAGUCCUUGAACCGAUGUCGCCGAGUCUUCGUCAACUGCUCCAUGCUCCAGUACCUUCGGCAUCUGAGGAACAUCUACGACGGCCUGUGCGAGGUUACCGAUGAGAUCUCGCAGUUUUAUUCGUUCCCGACCCUGAUCAUCGUUCCCUUUAUCUUUUACUCGCUGAUAUUCAACUUGUACUACCUUCUACAGCCACUGUUUGACAGUGACAUGGAUUUCGAACUCUCCAACUUCAUAAACACCGCCACCUUGAUCGUUUACCUCAUGUACGACCCUGGUUUACUGACCGCCAAGAUCACCAUCAUUUUGAAAGAGGUAGGACUCCAUUUUUGCGCCCGUAACGUUGGCGAAUGCUUUUGCUGGCAAGGAAAAUUUCGUUUAGCUUUCGGUAAAACAGUUUUAAAAUUGCAUCUCCCACGAUCUCGGACGGAUUUUCUAACUGCUGCCACUGCACUGCCAAAUUUGAUCCUCAAGCAAUUCUCGCUCCAGUUGCUCCAUCGACAAAUUAAGUUCUCCGCUAACGAUUACUUUAACCUGGACAACUCGUUGUUCCAAUCGAUUAUCAGCACGGUGAUGGCGUAUCUGGUGAUCCUUAUCCAGCUCGAAACGGGAUACAAAUCCUCGCACGAUUGCCAGUGCAAUUGUACGAUAGCCUGA